AUGGGAAAUUGCAUGGAGACAUACACAAUGAGGCCAGUGGAGAUGGAGCAACAACAAAAAGAAGAAACAAAAUCAUCAAUUAAUGAUACUAAAGGGAAAAAUAGUGUUAGUAUGAAAGUUGUACUAACAAAAGAGGAGCUUAAAUGGUUAAUAUUUCAACUCAACAAGAAAGGAGGAAUGAAAGUGGAACAAGUUCUUGAAGAGAUAGAGAAACGUAGACAAAAAGUUGAGGGAUGGAAACCUUCAUUAGAGAGCAUUUUAGAAGCCCCUGAAAUGCUUGAGAUCAAUUGA